AUGCCUGUGGUUAAUGUCGACCAGCUAGUCCGCCUGCAACGGAAGCCCGAAGACAUAAGAAAUAUUUGCAUUUUGGCUCACGUCGAUCAUGGAAAGACAUCGUUGACAGAUAGUCUUAUAGCCACCAAUGGCAUCAUUUCACCUAAGCUAGCAGGAAAGAUCCGCUACCUGGACUCUCGCCCAGAUGAGCAGCUGCGAGGCAUCACAAUGGAAUCUUCAGCCAUUUCAUUGUUCUUCUCAAUGCUCCGUCGCCCAGCGCCAGACGCAGCACCGGUGCCCAAAGAGUAUCUGAUCAAUCUGAUCGAUUCACCGGGACAUAUUGAUUUCAGCAGUGAGGUCUCAACGGCAUCGCGUCUUUGUGAUGGUGCUGUUGUUCUCGUUGAUGCAGUCGAGGGCGUGUGCAGUCAGACUGUGACUGUGCUGCGCCAAACCUGGGUUGAGCAGCUGAAGCCAAUCCUGGUUAUCAACAAGAUGGAUCGUCUGAUCACGGAAUUGAUGAUGAGCCCCGCCGAGGCAUUCUCCCACCUUAGUCGACUGCUUGAACAAGUUAAUGCCGUUAUUGGUAGCUUCUACCAAGGUGAGCGCAUGGAAGACGAUUUACAGUGGCGUGAGCGUAUGGAAGAUCGCAUCAAUACUUCUGCCACUCGAGAUCAAGACCGCAAAAAGCAAUCGGCAGAUGAAGAUGCCGCUCAAAGCAUUACGGAGGCGACAGAAUUUGAGGAGCGCGACGAUGAGGAUCUCUACUUUGCCCCCGAGAAGAAUAACGUCAUCUUCUGCAGUGCCGUUGAUGGCUGGGCUUUCACCAUUAGGCAAUUCGCUGCCAUCUACGAGAAGAAGCUCGGAAUCAAACGAACUGUCUUGGAGAAGGUCCUCUGGGGUGAUUAUUACCUGGACCCCAAAACCAAACGUGUUUUGGGUCAAAAGCACCUGAAGGGCAGAGCAUUAAAGCCGAUGUUCGUUCAAUUAGUGCUUGAUAGCAUCUGGGCAGCAUAUGAAGCCACCACAGGCGGCGGAAAGGGCAAAGGAGACCCAGUCCUGCUAGAAAAGAUCACCAAAUCUUUGAAUAUCAGCAUCCCAGCAUAUGUUUUGCGCUCUCGUGACCCCAAGAACAUAAUGACUACGUUGUUCUCUCAAUGGUUGCCUCUAUCCACUGCUGUGCUUGUGUCUGUCAUUGAAUACCUCCCAAGUCCACCGGCUGCACAGGCUGCCCGACUGCCAGAAAUGAUCAAAGCAUCACCUGGGUCAGAAUUCAUCAGCAAUGAUAUCAAGAACGCCAUGGUCGAUUUCAAGACAGGCCCCGAGGAGCCCGUCGUAGCAUACGUCAGCAAAAUGGUCGCAAUCCCCGAAAGCGAGCUUAUGUCAAGCAAGAAGCGAAGCGGCGGUGCCAUGACUGCAGAUGAAGCCCUUGAAAUCGCUCGUCGCAAGCGCGAGGAGAUUGCGAAGAUGCAGGCGGAGGCCAAGGAGAAACAAACCGAUGAGUUCGAGCGCAUGACUACAUUUUUCCAAAAUACCUCGUUGAUCACCGAGACAACUGACGAGCCGGAGGAACCAGAGGAGAAGGAGGACCCAGACCAUCUUAUUGGCUUUGCCCGCCUUUACUCAGGAACCAUCUCUGUUGGAGACGAAAUCUACGUACUGCCGCCCAAGUUCUCACCAGCCAACCCGCAUGCAAGCCCCGAGCCGAAAAAGGUGACUGUCACAGACUUGUACCUGCUCAUGGGUCGAGCUCUCGAGCCCCUCCAGUCUGUGCCAGCCGGUGUUGUCUUCGGUAUUGGUGGCCUUGCCGGCUACGUGCUCAAGACUGGCACGCUCUGCAGCCGACUGGAUGGAAGUAUCAACUUGGCCGGAGUGUCGCUCAACACUCCACCCAUCGUUCGUGUUGCGCUGGAGCCUGUCAACCCAGCCGAUCUCGGUAAGAUGGUUACUGGCCUGCGCCUGCUUGAACAAAGUGAUCCUUGUGCCCAGUACGAGCAGCUUCCCAGUGGUGAACACGUUAUUCUCACCGCAGGCGAGCUGCAUCUGGAGCGUUGCGUGACAGAUCUCCGAGAGCGGUUCGCCCGGUGCGAGAUCCAAACUGGUGAGGCUAUCGUCCCUUACCGGGAGACCAUCGUCUACGGUCCUGAGAUGGCCGCACCUAAGAACCCCGAGCUUGGCCGUGGAGGUGUAUUGUCGGUUUCCGCUUCCAAGCAGAUGACGCUUCGACUGCGCGUGGUACCUAUGCCUGAAGCCGUCACAGAAUACUUGACCAAGAAUGUCGGAACUAUCAAGCAACUUCAGCUGGAGAAGCGCUCUGAAGCUGAGGGCAAGGCUGAUACCGAGGCUGCAGUCGAAGCGCAAGAGUCAGCCGCUGUCGAUGGUACCGGCGAGUCACACGAGGGCACUAUUCUCUCCAAGCAAAAGUUCCGCGAGGGACUAGAGAAGGUAUUCAACGAAGCUAAAGAAGACAAGGAGCUAUGGAAGAACGUCGUCGACCGGAUCACAGCAUUCGGACCUCGCAGAGUCGGCCCUAACAUUCUAGUCGACGCAACAGCAGUCAACACCUGUGAGAAAUUCCUUGUCGACGACCCCAAGCAACAAAUCGCCGGUGACAACCAGCAAGCCCUCCUAGUCCGCGACUUCAAUGACAAGAUCGCCUACGCCUUCCAACUGGCAACAGGUCAAGGUCCCCUAUGCCAGGAACCAAUGCAAGGCGCCGCCGUCUUCCUAGAAGACCUAUCUGUCCAAGCCAACAGCAACGACGAGCUAGAUAUGGGCCGUCUAACGGGCGAAGCAAUCCGACUCGUCCGCGAAGGGAUCUCUGCUGGAUUCCUAGACUGGAGUCCUCGGAUCAUGCUCGCAAUGUACAGCUGCGAGAUCCAAGCAACCACCGAAGUCCUCGGGCGCGUCUAUGGCGUAAUAACCCGCCGCCGAGGCCGAAUCCUCUCAGAAGUAAUGAAAGAAGGAACACCCUUCUUCACAAUCCUGGCCCUGCUGCCAGUAGCAGAAUCCUUCGGAUUUGCCGAAGAAAUCCGCAAACGUACAUCCGGCGUCGCGCAGCCGCAACUUAUCUUUGCAGGCUUUGAGGCGCUUGAUGAGGAUCCGUUCUGGGUUCCUGCUACUGAGGAGGAACUUGAGGAUCUCGGUGAGCUUGCUGAUCGGGAGAACGUUGCUAAGCGGUAUAUGGAUGCUGUGAGGUCUCGGAAGGGUCUUGUUGUUCAGGGGAGGAAGUUGAUUGAUGCUGAGAAGCAGAAGACUUUGAAGAAGUAG